GAAGAUGGAGAAUAAAAAAACACAUAAAUUACAACUAGAUCUACAGUUUUAAAGUGCUGUAAUUCUGACUGUCAUCAAAAUUCAAAUACUUACAUGAAGAGGUGACAAACUGGGCCUGUGACAAACUGGGCUGCCCCCAACAAGGUGUGCUCGUGUGUGUGUUUGCUUUGUCUGACCCAACAAAUUGAAACAUGUCAUCAUUCCUCCGAUGUUGUAGUGUAUAUAUAAUGUCUGUUACAGAGGUACUUAGUUUUAUUGCUGUUCUGUUUGUCGCUAUUGCAAGAUUAGCAAGUUAUUCCUGCUGUUGCUAUACAUUUGAAGACUACCGUACCGAGGACAAACUAAUGUAUGUAUAAUGCCAUCUACCCCGACAAACUGAACAUAUAUUAUAUUCAGAGACUUUUUGAUCCUCUCAAGUGUAAAAUUCUUAAAGCUUUUCCUUUUUUACGUUUGAAAAAUUCAUUUAGUGGUUAUUAUAGACAGAUUUCAUCCUUUUAUAUCAUGUACCAUGUUAAGCGCAUAGAGCAUUGCAUAAGUGGAUAUGGGCUAUAUAAAUGCAAUCUAUUAUUAUUAUUAUUAUUUUAUUAUUAUGAUCGCAUGUUAUAGUGGGGGUUUGAAAUCAAAGGAAUAUGGUUUGGACAUGACCAUUUUUUUUACCUUGUUGUGUUUAAUUGUAGACUAUAAGGUGUUAUUUUUUUUGUUAUCUUUGCUAUCUCAUGCUCCUCAUGUUAAGUCAACGCGCAGGUAGCCGUGGUCACCGAUUCAGGCAUUGGAUCAUCCCCGCAGAUAAUUACGGUUGACACCCCAUUGGGUUCACAGCAUUUCCAUGUUCUUUCCGGAACAUUAACUUUUAGCCCAUAGUUCGCAAGGCUGACGAAUUGAUGCUGCGUCUUAUAAAAGCUCAGACCACACUGUGUUUAAAAGCACAUAUAUUUCAAUGGCAUUCGUGUUAUCAUUGUUGUUGUUGUUAUAAAAGGUGUUGCGGUUUGCACUUUUAUCAAAGCAAGAGACGUUAUAAACUGACACCACUGGCAACAUGGAUACCACAAGUAUUUUGUUGGCUCUGACCAUCGUUCUGGUCACAGUAUACGUAAUGUGGGGUUACCUGUCCACCAGAGGACUCCCACCCUCGCCAUCUAUCGCGCUGCCUGUUGUGGGACAUUUGCUUUCCCUCAACCCGCAGGAUCCUCGAAGUCAGAUGCAAAAAUGGAGAGAGAAAGUGGGGGAUGUUUUCAGCUUGCAACUGGGCCCCAUAGUGGUCAUAGUACUCAAUGGCUACGACGCAAUCAAGGAGGCGUUUGUGAAAAGAGCAGACGAUUUCUCAGACCGCCCUUUCGUUUACUUUGAUUGGGCAGCUAAUUACCACGACUUGGGCAUUAUCAUGUCAUCAGGCCCAAACUGGAAACAGCAGCGAUCCGUGUCUUUAAAAAUUCUCCGAGAUAUGGGCAUGGGCAAGAAUGUUUUGGCAGAGACGACCCAGGACGAAGUGUCUCAGUAUCUCGCGCGUCUCAGCAAGCUGAAAGAGAAACACGACAUCCGCCUUCUAACAGGCGUCAGCGUAGCAAACGUGGUUUGUUCUGUGCUAGUGGGGCAGAGGUUUGACUACGAUGAUCCGACGUUUAAAAGAGUCGUAGAGCUGGUUCACUACAACUUAUCACAUCUGCUGGGUGUUGGGCCAACUCUCCUCAAUAUGUACCCUAUUUUACACUACCUGCCUGGUGAUAUUUUCAACACCGAUAUUCUCAUGAAAAAUAGAAGAGAGAUUGGUGAACUGUUUGUCCAUCAUUUCAAAGAUCUUAAAGGUCAUAAAGAAUACAGCGAAACAAAUAUGGAUAGCUUUAUCGCUAACUAUGUGUUUGAGAAAAAUAAGAAGGAAAACAGUGGGCAGGCGACCUAUCUUGAUGAGAAAAAUUUGGCGAAGGUCAUAGAAGAUCUUCUUGCAGCAGGAAUUGAAACAACUAGUAAUACCAUCAGCUGGUUUCUCCUCUACAUGUUGCACUACCCUAAAGUACAGGAAAAAAUCUUCAAAGAGAUCAAAUCAGAAAUAGGCACUGGGAGGUCCCCAACCAUGCACGACAAAACCAAGCUGAAAUAUCUGAACGCUGCAAUUAUGGAAACUCAGAGAAUCGGAAACAUUGUCCCUAUGGGUGUAACUCAUAUGUGUCCACGAGAUAUUACUUUCAGAGGGUUCAAGAUACCAAAGGGAGCAAAUGUUAUUGGAAAUAUGACGUCAGUAUUUUUCGACAAAACAGUUUGGGGGGAGGACGUGGAUACUUUCCGGCCUGAACGUUUCCUUGACGAUAUUGGUGAUCUAAAACACUUCGAAGAAUUUAUCCCAUUUUCGAUCGGCCGGAGAGCGUGUCUUGGGGAAGCCCUGGCGAAGAUGGAAUUGUUUCUGUACCUCUCGUCAAUGUGUCAGCGAUUCCAGUUUUUAUCGCCAGACCCAGAUGCCCCACCAAAGAUAACUGAAGUUAUGAGCAUAACCAAAUCACCUGGGCCUUUUGAAGUCAAAAUUGUUGACCGACUGUCAUAAAUUAGCUAAUAGUUUAAAGGCUGAGUUUCUGAACAAAAUUUGGUAAGGAAUGGUUAUAGCGUAGUGCAUGUAAGAAUAUUCUGCUUUUUCUUUUUAGCUAGGCUUACACUUUAGCCAUUGCUGCAACGCAAGACAGAGUGAAGUGGAGGUCCAUGAUCGCCCACACCAAUCGGCAAGGCACCGGAUGAUGAUGACGACACUUUAGCACUUCCCCAAUAAAACUAAAAUCUCUUCCGCAAGCACACCCUUUCGUUUAAAUAAAACAAUAUUUUAAAUAAUUCGGGCUUCACUUUGAUUUGAAUCUUGAAUUUCUUGAUUUAAAAAAGAAUCACGAGUUUGUUACACGACAAUGGCUCAUACGAACAAAGGAGGUUUCUGGGAUUGCCAAGAAUCACAAGUCCCAACACUUCUCUAAAAAUGUCAAAUUCAUACGGUUUUCAUAUUCUCUGAUUUAUAAGUAUUAGUAUGGUGUCAUAAACAAUUCAAAGAAUAGCAAUAUGAUCUUAUACUGUUAUCUUCCCGAUAAUAGUUACUAGCUAUAUUUACGACCACACGAAAAAAAAAAAACAGUUUAAAAACAACACACAUAUAUUACAUAAUGACGCUGUAUGAAAGAAAAAAAAAUGUGUUGUAGUACAUUGUUAAAGACUAUUACAAUAUUAUUACGUAAGGUGUAGACAGUCUUAAGUGUUGGCUGAUCCUGGUUCUAAAGUUGUAACUUGGGAAGCAGUUCUGUGAACAAAGAUAAAAAAAUGAAGAAAUAUCAUGUUUCGAUUAUAGGUAUACCUAUAUCAUUAUGUAUUGUAAGAAGGAGAUUACAGUUUCAGAGCUAUUCAGUUUUAUUUAACUCUCACUUGUUAGUUUUCCCCCGUUAUUAGGCUAAUUAAAAUUGUAUACUUUGCACUGAGAUGAUUGUUCUAUUUUGGGCUUGAGGUGAAACUCUUGUUUUGAGAUGCAUUUUUCUGUUGCAUUUUUGGGUAAAUGUUUACUUGAGCCCUCUCCUCCAGACCUGAUUAAUGGCUAAAUCAUUGUGAAACAUGACCAAAAAAGUUGUGUCAACAUUGUUAUUAUUAUCAUCAUCAUCAUAUUCAUAUUUUGACUGAUUCAUUAUGUGAAUCAUCAUUUUGUUUUUAGUGUUGUUAUAAUGAGUAAGAGAAUUCGAUCACAACAUGAUGGCUCUCUUUGGAUGACACAUUUUUACUGACGUUUUGUUAUCGUUCUCUCGGGGCCUUUGCAUUGAUGAAGUCUGCACCAUGAAGCUGUCUCCCCCUCUGAUGGUCAUGGGCAAGGGCUAGGAGACUUUGAUGUUGUGUUUAUUUUCAUGCAGUGUGUCUUUGGCAAUGAUAGCCUGACGACGUACGUGACAGGCUUGUCUUUUUUUUUACUUGGUACGAUCAUGUAACAAGACCGUGUGGCCUAUCCAAGACCAUUCUCCAGGGAAUUGUACCGAUGAGGAAAAAGAGAGGAAGGCAAAGAAUGAGGUGGGCAGACAAAAUUGUAGAGUGGGGGGACAGGGAAAUCCUUCGCCGAAACUCAGGCUCUCGCAAAAAACCGUGAAAACUGGAGGCACCUGACAAGGCUCUCUAUCAUACAACGCCCCUAGUAUCCUCGUGAAUUAUGGAAUCAGUAAGCGGUAAGGGGCCCUUGCCUUUUGGCAGCCACAUUACGAUUUCGAAAGUACACUAUCUAAGUGGGGUAAUAGUACAGAUUGUAAAGCGCAUAGAGCUUGAUACUGAGCCAGAAUAUGUCACUACACAUUUUAAUGCUAUUAUAUGAUUAUUACAUAACGCAGACAGGAAUUAUGAGAGAGUUACACCUGUCCAUUCAGAAUAAACGGGGCAUUUCACAUGCCAAAUAUUAGAUACAAGAAAUGUGACAGUGUCAUUCUUCUUUUUGGUAGUCUAUAGGUUCGACAAAAUAUUUUUCGUUGUAUGCCAAUGUUUGUGGUACGAUCUCCUUGAAUAAAGCCAUCUUCCAAUCGGGCUAAGCAAAAUCGGGAGUUAAGUCUUAAAUAUUCAUCAAAAACAAACCAAGCUUAAGAAACACCAUUGUAGUCCGGGAUUUGAACCAGGGUCCAGCGUACUAAAGUACAGCAUUAUAACAAAGAAGCAUCCAAUGAAUUUUUAAAGACACGAUCUAAGGAAAGUAAAUGAAUUCUUUACUUUUAUCAGCCGCUUAUACCCUUUAGGGGGUCGCGGGAAGAAAGAGACGCCUCUCUGUCGCAAGUCGAAGAGCUCGGGUCAGGGGGAUGCCGUGAGUUGUUAAUGUUUCCCUGACUCCAUCUAUCCAGGUCUUUCUCGGUCGCCCUCUAGCCUUGUUGCCAUCGAAUUUUUUUAUGUAGGUACCUUGUGCUGGAUAGUGUGUUGGUAAUCACAUGACAUGUCCGAACUUGAUUCUUUGAGCAAAUGAAUUCAAAUUCACUAAACUGUCGCAUUAAUAUUUUCGCGUAUUUUGACUCUCGCAUUUUCCUCCUAUUUUUCCAAUCAUAUUGCAUGUAUUAUUUGUAGUUGCUGCCAUACAAUAUCUAGUGUAAUAAGAAAUAAACCGGUGCUUAAUUUAA